AUGUCCGAACUUCGCAAUCGCAUAAAGAUCAUCGCCCUCUUCCACGAAGAACUGGAUAGCCAGAAGGCGUCGAUUGUAAAGGCCGUCCUUGGUGAACCUGCAUUCUGCGAACCCUUCGUCGAUUUGCUGGUGCAGAGUCCGAAGAACUCCGAUCCGCGCUUCUAUGCGCCUACACCACCGACGACAGCUUCUAAGGCGGCGUCACAGUCGGAGAGCAGUGUUCACUUCAGCACCUCGCCACCCCUGGUUCCCCCGACCGCCCCGCACAGCCCACCCGCCCUGGAUGCCGAUGAGUUGGAGGCGCAGGAACUGACUCUGGGUGAACUGGUUGUCAAGGCAGUUCACCGUAUUCUUUGGCCAGGCGAAAGCGCUCUCAAUGGAGAUAAUGCCGUCAACGUGGUGAAUGAAUCUGUAACGACUAUCGCUGAGUUGGUGGUGCUCAAAAAGAACAUUUUAAAUCCUCACAAUAUGCUCCGACAUGAGGCGUGA